AUGUCCGCUGAGGCGUUUGACCCAAACCCGACACUGGGCGCGCUCCUUGUCGGCACCUUGGCUGGCGCUGUUACAACCGUCCAGGCGUACAUCUAUCAUACGCGGUUCCCCGAUGACCACUGGAUGAUCAAGGCCACCGUCGCAUUUAUCUGGGCCGCCGAGGCCAGCCAUGUCGGCGCUGUCUCGCACACACUGUACACCCUCCUCGUCACCGACUACGGCCACCCUGAGGCCCUCCUGGCUCGCCCACCGCGCUCCAUCAUCGGCUAUAUAUUUAUCACCGUCACCGUCGCUGUCACCGUCCAGAUAUUCUUCUCAUACCGCAUCUAUGUGCUAUCUAAGUCGCGCAUCAUCCCGUACAUCACAUAUGCGCUCUCCUUCGUGCGCUUCGUGCUCGGCGUGUCGCUCUUCUCCGUCGGGCUCAGCGUGAAGAGCGUCACCGAGUUCGGAACCAAGUGGCAGUGGCUCGGGGUCACCAUGUGGAGCCUGAGCGCCGCGGAGGACGUCACGAUCACCGCUACACUCGUGUUCCUCCUCUGGCGCCAACGCGGGAAAGUGCACAAAUCGACGACUGCGUUCUUGGACAAGAUCAUCAUGUGGGCCAUUGAAACCGGCCUGAUGACCUGCUCGCUCUCGUUGAUCACCGUCAUCCUCUUCCACAGACGGCCCAACGAUUUUAUCUGGAUCGCAUUCUCCACGAUUGAGGCCCGGAUGUUCUCCAACUCCUUGCUCGCGAGUCUCAACUCCCGCCACGUCCUCCGCGAGCUCCGCGAGGGCGGCUCGAAGAACGGAGGCGUCCUGUCGCUGACCAACACGAACUACAUGCGGCCAACUUACGCGCCUGGACCGCCCACGAUCUCCGUCGAGGUACACACGACGCACGACGUCGAGCGCGACCUCGACUCGGACAGCUCGAUGCGCAAGGGCUCGGCGUACUGA